AUGUUUCAAGACGCGAUUCUUGAUUCGGCCAAACGCCGCUCUGGUGUAGAUCAACGAGUGCUCGAGUUACUUCGAUCAAGCCUCGAAAAUUUCAAGGAACCUGAAGAGUCACAAUUGGUUGAUGUGGCUGAAUUAGAACCGCGGCAUCACCCGGACCCAAAUAUUGAACGGUAUUUUCACUGUGUCACUAUUUACGGAAAACCUUGCUUGGAAUGGGAACUCGUGCGUCCAGCUUUUCUUUGGAAAUUAAAGCACGUUUUACGGGAAAUGAUUCGGGUCGAUCACACGUUUUGCGAACAAGAAAAUCAGCAACUAAAAGAAAAGGAGGAAAAUGAAGAAGAAGCCAAUAAAACGGAAACUGAUGGUGUCAAACGCGAGGCGCAAACAAAGAAAAUUCUGCCUAAAAUCAAGGCUGAUUUUGAUGACGAAAAGGGAGAACUGCGAGUUUUGCAUGAUCUCAUCGUUGACACGGCCGCCAAAAUGGAAGGCUUUCCAUUCACUUUUCAGAGACUGUGUGAACUUCUUGAAGAACCUUCGCGACUAUAUCGACGGGCCGAAAAGUUUUACCGAGCUGUUGACAAAUGCAUUAAUGUUGUGACUACGAUCACGUCGGAAGGUGACCGUAUAACUGGCAUUGAAGAAUGGUCGCUUGGUCAAGAGGACACAACGAAGAUUGAACAAAGAUUUUAUGGAAAAGUGGAUGAGUUAGAUGACGAGAAUUGGGAACCAACCACAAAGGCACCGGUCGAAGAAAAACCAUUGGACAUGAGUAAAAAGGAGACAUUAGUUGAGCGAAAGCAGGCUGGCGAUGAUAACACGGAGAAUGGAAUGGACACUAGUACUAGUCAGAAUGAUGAUGCUCCAAGUGAAAAGAAGCUCAAGACGGAGGAAAAAAGUGAUCAGAUUGUGGAGACAAAGACUGAGACAGAAGAAAUGGAAGAAGCA